AAGCUAUUACUUCAUUGUGUCUAAUCUAAUAAAUAUUAUAUGUGCGGGUUUAUUACCAUAUUAACAGCGGUUGGUGCCCACGCUUUUGAAUAAUGGAAUCAAUCUAUAAAACAGCACUUUCAAAAUCAAAUCUUUUUAUAAAGAAAAAUAUCACAAACAUUGGUGAAGUCAUGGACAAUUUACUUAAAGAUGACAGUCUGACUUGGGACGAAAGGAGUAAAAUAGGACUAGAAAAGGACAGCGAUGAACAGUGUCAAAUUCUCCUAGAAAUAUUGAUAAGAAGAGGUGGAAACAACUAUAAUAAUUUUUUGGAUGCUCUGUCUCUUUCUGGAAACAACCAUAUUGUAGAAGAAAUUGAAAAGGCAGCAAAGAAAAUUGCCAACAGUGAUAGAAAGUUUCUGUCGACAGAAAAUCUCUUCGAGGAGAAGAAAAAAGGUAUGGAUGACGCAAAAUUACGAGUUAUUGAAUUAGAAGAAAAGUUAAAUAAUAAAAAAGAGAAGCUGUCAACAGUGCAUGACCAGCAAAUUAGAGCACUGGAAGAUCUAAAAAAGUUGAAAGAAAAGGCCAAUAAUCAAGGAGGAGAAAUACGAAUAUUGGAAAUGAAGAACCAGGAUAUGGAAAGGGAAAUCAGUAGACUAAAACAAACUAUUGACUAUUUACAGAAACAAAUUACACUGAAAGAUGGUGCGUUAAAGAGGGUAAUGGAAGAAAAAAGAAAACUAGAAACUGAACAUACAAGAGCUAUACAAAAUUUAGAAAGAAAACAGGAUCAAACACAGAAAACGUGUGAAAAACUAUCGGAAAAUGUUGUAGCACUCACAAAGGCUGUCGUUUCCUUACAAACCGAAAUAAAAACUCAUCAUCCAAAGGAGCAGCCAAGACAGUAUCAACUAGAUAUUUCAAAUGAGACACCGAGAACUCAACAGCCAAAACGAGAUAAACAAAAUCUUGUUAAUAAAAGCCUUCGAUCAUUGCCACAUAAGAUAUCAACCUGUAAUUUUGGAGAGGCAGCAGCAUGGAAACAGAAGAAGUCAAACCGGUGAAUCUAGAAAUAAAAACAAAUAUCCAUUUAAUGUAUCUACUUGUAUAUUUGUCGGCUUUGACUAUUUUCUGCGGUGGGGAUUGGGAGAAGGUCGGACGAAAAACUGCGUUUUGAUUUAUCGUUUGUUGUGAAGGGAGAUUGAAUUUUUGUAAAUCACGAAUUCAUUAUUAAAACAAAUGAAAUUAUUUUGAUUGGAUUUUCCAAAACCUAAUUUACAAUCAAGUAUGCCAUCUAUAUGUUGUCAUAAUUUAUUUUUAUGUUUUAGAUUUAAACACCUGCUCAUUGUUUUAAAUUGUCAUAUCAUUAACGGUAAACCCCCUGAUUAACUUUUUAGGUAAAAUAAUUAUUGCAUAUUAAGCGGCAUAUGAAAUUGAACGAUACAUGCACUUUUUUCAAUUAUUAUCUUAACUAUUUUUGAUAAUUACUAUAAAGCUUUGUGAACUUUGA